AAAAGUAUGCAGAUGUCAAAAAAAUGACGUUCCAUUAACAUCGAUCAUUUAAAUGUAUCGAAAACUUCAAAUAAAUUCUUAUUAUUCAUAAUAUUUCGAAUGUAGGUAACCAAAAUUCGUCGUGAAAUUUUCAAACAUCUUCACAUUUACUCCAUCAAAGCUGAUUCUUGGAUUUUUUUGAACAGGAAAACAAAUAUUGUAAAAGAUAGCUCUAUACGCAAUAAAUCAGUACAGCAAAUGCAGAACGAUAAAAAAUGUACCUGUUGUACCUGUGAAGUUCGAAGUACCGCCAUGUUAUCAGUAAAAACCACAACUAGUUAUAAUACAGCUACGGGCGAUGAUUGCUCCUGUAGCUCAUACUCAUGUAGUGAAAUUAGUUCAGAAAAAACAGCAGAAUCAGUAAUAAAUUGUAAUUGUUCCAAAUGCGUUUGUUCAGUUUGUCCGGCAAAACCGGCGAAGCGAUUCAUUCAAACUACAUCGCAGGUGGGAGAUACAGCCACCAACAAAUUGACAAAUUCGAUAUGCAAUUGUGAAAGGUGCUUCUGUGCUGUUUGCCCCUCUAGAAAAAGCGAUAGUAUGGCAAAAUCUUCCCAAACUAAUAAACCAACAGCGGAUCAAGGAACUGGCGAAGGAAACAAAUGUGAUUGUUCGGUUUCAAAAAUUCAAUCAACAGUCAAAGUUUCCACACAACAAAUAAGAAAUAAAGAGGAAACACAAACAAAUAUUUGUAAUUGUAAUGAAUGUCCCAAUAUGUCAUCUAUACUUCUAAAAGCGCCAAUUACCUGUAAAUGUAUCGAAUGUAAAUGCGAUCCUUGUAUCGACCCCAAAGUAAACGAAGAAAUAGAAAUUGCUAAUAUAACCGACUCCAGUGAUGAUUGUCAAUGUCCGGAUCUCUCGCAACCUGUUGUCGCUUUCAAACCGCCAACGGAAUGUUUUUGUAUAAAAUGUGAUUGUGAUCCUUGUAUAGAUACAAAAGUUAGAACAAAUACAGAAGAGGGGGAUUGUCAAUGUCCCGAUCUAACGAAUCCCAUAGGAGAUUUUUUCAAAAGUCCUACAACUUGCUUUUGUUCUCCAUGCAAAUGUAACCCCUGCAGUGAUCCAAACAAAACAAAAGACGGAGGAUCGAGUGCUUAUAACAAUAAAUGUACAUGUGACACAAAAGGUCAAAGUUGCGAAUGUAAAUUUUGUUCCGAUCCUACUAAAUUAAAAGAGGAUGUACUUAGAAAACCACCAGCGUGUAUCUGCAAUAAAUGUACUUGCAAUUCAUGUGCCGAUGAAAAUAAAAAAGACCAAAUAGAAGAGCAGAAAAAAAACGGACCUGUAUGCGAUAAUGAUAAUUGUGACUGUAGCCCGUGUAUAGAUCCCAAUAAGGUCAAACAAAAUAUAGGGUUUGAAGUGAAACAAAGAAUUUCAUGUGACUGUUUGAAGUGUAUUUGUAAUUUUUGUUCAAUAUCGGAUAAAGGGAAAGGAGAUCAAGUUGAUCCUAAUGCACAACUCACCGUACAAGGUAAUUGUAAUUAUUUUAUAAAUUAAUUUAGUGAUUACUAUUU